CGGCUAAGGGGAUGUAUCCGGAAGCAGCCCUGUGUGCCCGCCGGCCAUGCGGAACCUGGAAACCUGGAACGAACUCGCCUUGUAAGAGGACAGGAGGAACACGUGUAUAAGACGCGACCUUCCCCCCGCUACCCCGCCUUCCCUCCGGUACGCCUGGAAAGCUUCGCCCCAAUCUUUUUUGUCCAGAUUUCUUGUCUUCGGCCUCCCCAUACCCGCCCAUAAAAAAAAAUGAACGGCACAAUAAGAGCUUCGAAGCCGAACAUCGGCGUCUUCACGAACCCAAAGCAUGACCUCUGGGUGACCGAGGCCACGCCGACGCUGGAGAGCGUGCAGAAGGGGGAGGAGCUCAAGGAGGGGGAAGUCACCGUCGCCAUUAGGAGCACGGGUAUCUGCGGGUCAGAUGUGCACUUCUGGAAGCACGGCUGCAUCGGCCCCAUGAUCGUCGGGGGCGACCACAUUCUCGGCCACGAGUCGGCCGGCGAGAUCAUCGCCGUGCACCCGAGCGUGAAGAACCUCAAGGUCGGCGACCGCGUCGCCGUCGAGCCGCAGGUCAUCUGCAACACGUGCGAGCCGUGCCUGACGGGCCGCUACAACGGCUGCGAGACCGUCGACUUCCUGUCCACGCCGCCCGUGCCGGGCCUGCUGCGGCGCUAUGUCAACCACCCGGCCGUGUGGUGCCACAAGAUUGGAGACAUGUCGUACGAGGACGGUGCCAUGCUCGAGCCCCUCUCGGUGGCGCUCGCGGGCCUGCACAGGGCCGGGGUGCGGCUGGGCGACCCCGUGCUCGUCUGCGGCGCCGGGCCCAUCGGCCUCAUCACCAUGCUCUGCGCCAAGGCGGCCGGCGCGUGCCCGCUGGUCAUCACCGACAUUGACGAGGGCCGGCUGAGGUUCGCCAAGGAGAUCUGCCCGGAGGUGAUCACGCACAAGGUCGAGCCGCUGUCGGCCGAGGAGUCGGCCAAGGCCAUCGUGGCCCGCUUCGGCGGCAUCGAACCCGCCGUGGCUCUCGAGUGCACGGGCGUCGAGAGCAGCAUCGCGGCAGCCAUCUGGGCGGUCAAGUUCGGCGGCAAGGUCUUCGUCAUCGGCGUGGGCAAGAACGAGAUCCAGAUCCCCUUCAUGCGCGCCAGCGUCCGCGAGGUCGACCUGCAGUUCCAGUACCGCUACUGCAACACCUGGCCACGCGCCAUCCGGCUGGUCCAGAACGGCGUCAUCGACCUCAAGCGGCUCGUCACCCACCGGUUCCCGCUGGAAGACGCCAUCAAGGCCUUCGCCACCGCCUCGGACCCGACGACAGGUGCUAUCAAAGUGCAGAUUCAGAGCUUGGACUGAGAGUUUAGCGUUAGACUUUCUUUUUUUAUACUCUUUAUUUCCAGCCCAUUUGCAUUUUCAAACCAAGCGGUCCAUAUAGAGAUGUAGCGAAAUCGAUACACCUGGAUUUGAUUUGAGCCACCAUUGUCGGACGGGGAUGGCUGCUUGUGUUCUUGGGGUCGCGCUUCAUCGUUCGGGGGAUGACUUUGAACUUACUUGCUAGUUACCUAGUCCUUUAGCGUCUCGGGAACCGCCUUGGCUUGUUAAGUAGGCCUAGAAUUUGAUGUUUUCGACGGCAAACGUGAUGACCGCAGCGUCUAUUCAUGAGACUGGUGAAAGGCGGACGCAUGCGGUGGUUGUGAUGGCAGACCAACAGUCGAUUUUGGGAGUUCAGAACGCUAACUAC